CACCAUGAUCCCAACGCACACCAUAAGUACACUGGAAACUUCAUCUCCUUCUACAGUAUCAAUAACCACUGGCUUCCCAAAACCAAGCACUUUAAAGACCACUUCCAUUAGAACGAUUCCUCACACCAGCACCAUGUCUACGCAUUUUACUGAAAGCUCAGAAACAACUUUAACAGCUACAGCAUCCACUUCAACAGCUUCCACAGUUAGGAGAAGUAGCACGCCAAAAACAACAGAAACAACUUCAUUGUCAGUAACAACAAGAACUACUGAAUCAGCAAAAACCACCUCAUAUGAACCAAUAAUAAGUGAGAAAGUACCCUCAACUUUUCAAACAAGACCAUCAAUUCAAAAUCAAACAAUUAUUGGAAGUACAGUGACACCAUACUUUACAGGUAAGUAUAUAAGGUUCAAAACAACAAAAAGAAAUUUCAGAAUUCUAUAAGGGCAAGAAACAAAAUACUAUAGAU